UCAGGAUGACAACUGCCACAACUUACCCCUUCCCUUAUGAACAGGUCUGGGAAGAACCGACAACCCUUUCCCAGAAAUGGAGCUGCAAGAUCAGGAUGAACUUAUCAGAUAAAGAUCAGAGGUAUGGCUCCUUUCACAGAAAGAAGCAAGAGCUGGAAGAACUGGGUGAGAAGGAUGAGUCUGAACUAGAUGUUUUUCCAAGUCACCUGGGAAGAGAAGAAAGUGUCCUGGAGGCAACUGACCAGGAAACAGUGUGUGAAGAGGAAAGCACAAAAAGUGUGUGUUUCAGUGCUGUUGCGAAGAAGAAGAGGAAAAAAAAGAGAUGACCAGUGAUAAAUCUGACCAACUGCAAAUACGAGAGUGUGAGACGGGCGGCUAAAAUGUGUGGCCUCCGGGAGGCUGGUGAGGUUGAUGAUUGGACCCUGUAUUGGACAGAUUAUUCUGUCUCACUAGAGCGAGUGAUGGAAAUGAAAACUUACCAGAAAGUCAACCAUUUUCCUGGAAUGUCUGAAAUCUGUAGGAAGGACCUUCUGGCUCGGAAUAUGGGCAGGAUGUUAAAGCUCUUUCCUAAGGAAUUUAACUUCUUUCCCAGAACCUGGUGUCUUCCUGCAGACUAUGGAGAACUGCAAGCCUUUGGCCGAUUAAAAAAGAAUAAGACUUACAUCUGUAAACCAGACUCUGGCUGUCAAGGCAGAGGCAUUUUUAUCACAAGGACUGUGAAAGAUAUCAAACCUGGAGAGGAUAUGAUCUGUCAGCUCUAUAUCUCAAAGCCUUUUAUUAUUGAUGGGUUCAAGUUUGAUCUUCGAGUUUAUGUGCUGGUGACAUCAUGUGAUCCACUACGGGUAUUUGUUUAUAAGGAGGGCCUGGCACGCUUUGCAACAUCUGCCUACUCAGACCCAUCACAGAGCAAUUUGGAUGACGUCUGCAUGCACCUGACUAAUUAUUCAAUUAACAAGCACAGUGCUAAUUUUGUGCGAGACGAAGACUCUGGUAGCAAGAGGAAGUUGUCGACGUUUAAUAAAUACAUGGAACAACAUGGCUACGAGAUUGACAAGCUGUGGAAGGACAUUGAAGAGGUCGUUAUUAAAACGCUGAUAUCGGCUCAUCCUAUCAUCAAACAUAACUAUCUUACCUGCUUCCCCAACCACACCCUGUGGUGUGCUUGCUUUGAGAUCUUAGGAUUUGAUAUUUUGCUAGAUCGAAAGCUGAAACCAUGGCUGCUUGAGGUGAAUCAUUCUCCGAGCUUUAGUACAGAUUCGUGGCUAGACAGAGAAGUCAAAGACCAACUCUUGUAUGACACUCUAGUUCUGAUCAACUUGGGGGCAUGUGAUAAACGGAAAGUUUUGGAAGAAGAGAAACGGCGAGGAAAGGAGAGGCUUCUUAAGCAGUGCUGUAAUCAAGAAGCAAGGGCCGGGGAAAACAAGAACUGCCAAGCUGCUUGGCUCCAGGAAGCGGAGAAAUACGAGGAAAAAAACACAGGAGGGUAUCGCCGAAUUUAUCCCAGUUCUGAUUCAGAGAAAUAUGAUAAAUUUUUCCAACACAAUAAUUCACUCUUCCAAGAAACAGCAGCUUCCAGAGCACGUGAAGAGUACGCCAGGCAGCAGCUCCAGGACCUACGUCUGAAGCAGGAGCAAAAAACAAUUAUGAUGAGAGAAAAGAAGGCUGAGCUUCAGGGAGAGUCUAAUGGAGAGAAGAUAAAGGCUGCCAGGCGCAAGGUGGCAGACAGAACAAGGAUGGCGCCUGCUUCUGCCCAGGUUUCCACAGAGUCUAGCCCUAGGCCUGCGUUCCUGCUUAAACAUUUUUCAGAGAUGCCACAAUCUGAGGAAAAAGUGGAUCCUAAGAUUGGCCAUCCUGAGAACCGUGAGUCCAAUAACUGCUCAUGGAUCCCCAAAAAACUGCCUGUGAGACCUUACAGCUCUGUGCCUGACCUUUCCAGAGGGAACUCAUCCAAUACGCCAGAGCAGUACAAUUCAAAUCCAGAACUGAGGGAUACCAUUAGUUGCCAUCACUCUGCAACAGACAUGAGUGUGAACCCUACACUCCAGCUACCAAAUGAAUAUUCAAAAGCGUGUGGUAAACAAAGCCCAUAUCCUCACAAACAUUUUCCAGCAAUGACCCGACCUCGUGCAAAAAGUACAACACCAGCAAGGAUGGCUUGCCGGAAUGUUCUGACUAUUAAAAGUUUUCGUCCAUUUGGAGAAGAGUCCUUCCGGUUUCAUCUUACAGGACGUGCAGCCUCCUCCUCCUCUGCUGAACAGACAGCGGGAAUUAAAUUAUCUGAGAAUGAACAAGAAAAUAAAUCCAUCAUGAUCUCAGAGUUCUUCAGCAAGCUGAAUCACAUACCAGUGGAGAAAAACUUCAAGCUUCUCUUGCAAGGUCACUCUCAUCACCUCACCAACCGAGCACAAAGUGCUUCUCUCCCAAGAGAAAUUCUGGACACCAGGACAGCUUCUUGCAGGAAGUCGAGAAAGUACUACAGUAGUCACAUCCGUGUUCAACAGCAAGUGGUUCAACAGCACAGUUUGCAGGACCUUCUGAUGGUCUCGCGGAUGAAGAACCAACCCCAAAGAACCAACCCUCCAACAUUGGGAAAUAGUGCUGUGAAGAGGUAA